AUGUUGAGUGGUUUAUUGUACAGUCCAAAUUGGACAUUUGUAGACAAAAUCUUAAGAGACCCUCAAUUAGUAGAUCUUGAAUACUUUGUCGGAGGUGGACCAGGUCAUGAUUGGUUAGCAAAGACAGUUAGAGUUGAUCAAUAAAAAUACUUGGGUCCAAGAGCUAAAUUUGAGAGAUAAUUCAAUGAAGAGCCAAAGACAUGGGAAGUCGUAACGGACAACUUGUAUCGUUUAACCUUACUUGCUGGAGUUGAGAGAUUACUCACAUUAAGAUAAGCAUAUGGUGGUUUAAAGACGAGAUUCACUUUUGGAGAUUCAAAUACAGCAUGCUUACAAUAGAUAUUCAAUCAAGGAUUAUUUAAGGGAUAUUUUAGAGGUGCUUUAUUGAAUGCUGCUCAAUUCUUGACUGUAUGGGCUCAUCCAUUAGUAUAUAGUAGAGGUAAUGGAUACGCCUCUCAUUAUCUUUAUUCUUCCUUAUUUGAAUUGAUCACAUAUCCAAUUGACACAAUAAAGACAAUCAUUUAUUCUGAUGUUCAAGGCAGAUAUAAGGGAGCAUUUGAUGUCAUUGAAUAGGUGUAUGCAAGAAAUGGAUUCAGUCAUUUCUACAGAGGAAUAGUAUUUAAGUUGGCCUUCAAUGGAACCCUCAUCUAUCACCUUAGAAAUAUCUAUGAAUAAGAUUAUAUUCAAUAAUUAGUAUCAGUUCCAUUACUAGCUAUUGGUUAUGGAUUUUUGACAAUAAAGACAAGAUUGUAAUUGGCAAGCACCGAUUUGAGUUUCUAAGAGACUCCAUAAAAGGGAAGAAUUGCUGCCAAUCUAUUUGCCUAAAAGACUCCAUUCAGCAUUUACAGAGGAGUAAUUCCCUUCUUGUUGUUGACUGAUUUCUUCCAUUACAAAUUAUUUGCACUUUACUCAUCAACUGCACAAUCAAGAACAUUGGAUGAAUUCCUUGUUUAAUACAAGCAUCAUAUUGGAAGUCCCAAGGAUGAAAAUUUAUGGCAAUGAUUAUUAAAUAAUAAAUAAAAUAAAAUAUCCCUCUC